CGGCGCCGCGGCGGCCCGGCUCAGCUCUGGUCUCAUGCGGGUCUGGACCCGCACACAGUCCCGAUGUGCAGCUGAUCCCAGGCUGAGAUGGAGCAGGAGGCCGAGGGGCUGAGCCAGUGGCAGGCGGCUCAGCACCGGCUCGAGGAGGAUACUGAGAAGUUAAUGUCCAUCUUGGACGUGUCUCCGUCUCCGGGAAGCAGUGGAAUGCACACCUCUUGGAACGAUGGCCCACCGGUCAUUCAACAUGUCCCGCAGUGCACAGAGCUGGGGAGGAUCCCCUUGGUCUUUGCUGAGGCACCCAGGCAGAAUGAGAGUGAAAUGGGGCUGCAGUUUAGUAUGUCGCUGCCUGAGCAUGGUGUGAGCUACUGCCCCCAAGUGACUCUCACUCCUUCCCAGAUGACUUACUGUCAGGCAAUGUCUCCCUCCCAACCAAGAAUGAUGACUUUCAAGGGACUCCAGACAAUGCCUUUAGGAGAGCCCAGUAUUCCAGGGGUGGCCAGGACCUUUGAGGGGAAUCUAAGGAUGUCCCCCAAUGGGCCAGUCUCAGCUCCCAGUGGAACCUCAAUGAUGUCCCACAUCACGGCAUCAACAAUGCCUUAUUCUGGCCCCCCAACAGUACCUUCUAACAGAGACUCCUUAACACCUAAAAUGUUAUUGUCCCCAACCAUGCCUUCCACUGAGGCCCAAGCAGCGCUUCCCUCUUUGGCUCAGAUGUUACCCCCUAGAGAUCCCCACGACCUUGGAAUUCCCCCAACUGGCUCCCCAACAUUGCUGGCUUUCAAAUGCCAGGACUCUCUUGUGAGCCAGCCAGCCUCCCAGGAAGACCUCUUCCUACCCAAGCAGCCCUUUCCUGCUCCACAGAGAGCAGAGCAGAAUUUCAGACCCCAGGAAAGGGCUCCCAGGAGGAGAUCCCCGGUUUCAAGGCCUUACCACUGUCAGUAUGAGAACUGUGGAAAAGCAUAUACUAAGCGCUCCCACCUCGUGAGUCACCAGCGCAAACACACAGGUGAGAGGCCCUAUAAAUGCAUGUGGGAAGGCUGUACAUGGUCUUUCUUUCGUUCUGAUGAGCUUGGACGACAUACGCGGAUACACACCAGAUAUCGACCAUAUAGAUGUGAUCAGUGCGGCCGACAAUUCAUGAGAUCUGACCAUCUCAGGCAACACCACAGGACUCAUCUGCAGAUGCUAGGAUCCACAGACCCACAGGACAACAAUGGACAGAUGGCUGGUCCUCCUGCUCCUGGUCUUUAGGCUCUGUUUUUGGCAGAGAAGGAUGAACCCCACUGUAACUUCCCCUGCUCCCUGCCACCAAGUCCAGGUACCUGGACUUCCACAUACGAGGUAUUAAAGGCCCUGUCCUGCCCUGCUUCUCUGGGGGUGAGGGCAUAAUGACUAUCCUGGCAGUCAGCCAGGAAGUUCAGAACCUCUUUCUGGACUUCUCAGCCAGCCAUUUUACUGACCAGCAACUAAUCAAAAGGAACUUGCCGAAGCUCUCAAGUGGCAGAGCUGGAAUCCCAAACAGCCUCUGUGUACUCCUGAUAUGAUGCCUUUUACAGGUGUUGUCUGCACCCAGUCCAGUGCCAAGCACUGCCAAGUGAUGGCCACAGAGAGAUGAAUCAGGUCUCGCUCCUGUGGUCAAGGGGCCACCUUGGUCUAGGGACUGAGGAGUCCACAUAGGUGCAGUGGCCGUGGGGAGGAAGUGCUCCUAGUGGGGAGGUCAGAAAGGCUUUCUGGGGGAGGUGACCUUUGAGUAAGCGAGUGUAUGUAACAUCUAGUAAUCCCUUAAAUGUGGAGGUAAACUGAGCAGGUGAAUAAAGAGGAAAGAGAAUUCCAAGCAGAGAGAAUGCUGGACCGAGCAAGUGCUCAGAGUCAACCUGGAAGCUUCCAUUCAUUCGACGAGUGUUUUUUGAUCCCACAAUACAAAGAACACCACAGCCAUGGGGACUUCAGGGGGCACAGAGACAAGGAAGGGAUGUGUCAGAGAAGAAAGACUGGUCAAGGAGGCACCUGAGUCAGAGCUGAGAGCUCAUGGGGGUUAGCUGGACCUCCUUUUCCCUCUCAUUUCCUGGACGUCUACCCUUGGUCAUGCCCUGUGCUGGACACAGGAUUCAGAGCGUGACGGUGCCUUGCUGCAGGGCAGAGAGAUCACGGACAGAAAUUCUGAAGGUACUCAGUGCUGCUAAGGACAGGAGCCGAACCUCUGUGCACUGAAACUUAUUCUGGGCAUCCGGGGAAGUCCCACAGACUUGGCUGUGCCUGCCCCUGCCCCUCCCACCUCCACCCUGACUCCGGCCUGCACAGCCACCUCGGCCUAUUCCCCUAGUGGCCCCAGCAUACCUGGGCUGGGCAUCCAGGUGCCUUCUACCCAAACUCCGAGCAAGGAGAGUGGACUUGAUGAACAAAAUAAGGCCAGGGGGUGCUCGUUUGUGACCCAAUUACUGGCCUCAGAGACUGAGGUGUUGAGUACCCAAAAUCUCUUUCAUUCCCACCUAGGGCACUAGGUCCCUUCUGUGGAGCAGGACGUCUCAGGCUCAGUGGGCCAGGGUGGUCUCUGCCUUCCCCAUUCCCCAAACCCCCUCCCUACCUGGCUCACAUGCAGCCAGGCAGGUAGGGUCAGCAGGCCCGAUUGCUUUAUUGUUGGAAUGCAAGAGAGAUCUGUUGGUGCCCCAUCACUUUCACUGAGGAAUGGAAGAGGGAGGAGCCAGAGAGGGCAGGGAUGUGCUAUGUACGUUGCAAUGGUGGGCAAAACAGGUCUCUGCCCUCGUGGAGGUCAAAAUCUCGUGGAAGAGGGAUGAUAGAAAUGUACAGAGUGCUGUGAGGACAAAUAUCAGAGACUUGCUGCAAUUGACCAAGGGAGUUAGGAAGGCAUUUCUUGGGAACUGUGGUUUGAGCUCAGAGAUUAGGACUAACCAGGAGUUAGGCAGAUAAAAGAGGUGAGGGGGUGAUUGGAGAAGAAAUCAAUCUAUCCUUUAUCCAGCGAUUACCUGAUGGCAGGCCACUAAGUCUUUCCCGGUAUUAUCUUAUGCAACACAAGGCAAGAUGGGAGGUGGGUAAGACAUCCCAGGCUCUCAAGUAAGACUAAUAGAUUUAUCCUGUUGCUGCCUUUCCUGGCUGUGUGGCUCUUGAGCAAUUCACAUCUCUUUGCUUCAGAUAGCUAGUGGGGCAAGACUGAUAGAUUCACGCUGAAGAGAGAGAGUUAGUCACACUUAAAAAUGGUUUCUUUGACUGGCUUAGGGUAGAGGGAGGGGUUUCGAUGCUCCAGGUGAGAGUGGAAGGUGGCUUCGAGCAGGGUGCAGCUGUGGAGAUGGAGAGUAGUAGAAGGACUUAGGAGAGAGAAUUAACCCUGGUGAUAAUUAAUUGGAUUUGGUUGGUGAGGGGGUGGUCAAGGAUGACUCUCAGGUUUAUAGUUUGUUAUAAGUAACACAGAAGGAGAACGAACAUGUUCAUUAAUUUAUUUUUCUAUUUUUUAUUGUAAUACCUAUUAUAUGUGCAAAAAAUAUUUUGUCUGUAUGCUAUUUAAAGAAUACUUAAAAAAACACUUAUUUACCCUUUAUGCCACUUAAGAAAAAGAACAUACGAAUACAUUUGAAGCCUUUGAGUUCCCCUCUCUGAUCACAUCCGCCCUCCUCCUCACAGAGGUAGCCACUAUCCUGAAUUUUGGUUGAUUCUGCCUGUGCCUCUGUUGUUUUUACCAUAUAUGUAUCUAUUCUUAGACAAUAUAGUGAUUCGUUUUAUGUGGUUUUGAACUUAAUUCUGUUUGGGGUUCAUUGAGCUUCUUCCAUCCAAAGGUUUAUAGUCAAUAAAAUUUGGAAAAAUUUGACCAUUUUCUUGUCAAUUUUUUGUCCCUCCCUGUCUCCUCUGACAC